AUGGAUCAAUCAUAUUUCUUUGAUUCACUUUCACAAAUCAACAAAGAUAUCAAAAAGGAAUACAAAUCAUUACGGAAUCGUCUCCAAAGUAUUUUGUUAGAUAAUGAGUUCUUAAAUGAUGAAAUAAUCGCCACGUUUCCUAAUUAUCCAAUCAUCCCAAAUGAAAGAUGUGGACUUUGGUACGUAUCACCAUCUCAAUAUAACCAGACAAGCUAUUUUAAAAGUACCGAUGGUCAUACAAAUCAGUGGGAUUUCAGUACACGAAGAUUAAAUUUCCAUCUCUUGGAAACUAUCGCUAAAUCGAAAGGUAUAACUAUUAUAGAUAGUACUAGACGUGGUAAGAAAAUCCCUGAUGCAUUGAGUAAAACAAUCCCUAUUUGGUGCGCUGUUUUAAACUAUAUCAUGUUACGAGAAUUAAAAGGCGGCAAUGAUAUUGUCAAGGUCGAGGAUUGUUUAUUUGUUCCACCCGCCACUGUUCCUAAAUCUGAAUAUGAUUGUAUACUUCAAAAGAUUCCUACAUUGGUCGAGAAACUAGAUAAGUUGGAGAUUAUUAAUGCAAAUGAACUAAUUUCAACGUUCCAUGGUAAAUUAUUGAGACCACUAUGGAUAUAUCCUGGUUCUUCUAUAUUACAUUCUUCAAGAGACGUAUUCACUGGAGAAAAGACCAAAGCACUGGCAUGGGAAGCUCCAGAAAAUAUUAUUCCCAUUGUUUUAUGUACUAUUAGUUAUCAAGCCCAAGAUGGCGUUGAUAAAAGAUACGGGUUCACUUAUGUUCAAGGCGCCGCAGAUGAUCACGAAUUGUGGUCUUGUGGGUUGACUCCAGAAUUAUUUUGGUCUCACAUAAACUAUCUAGGGAAUCCCACUCAUUCUGAUGAUGAAUUAAUGGAAUACGUGAGGCAUAUGAUUGAAAUGAAAAUCAAAGAUUCAGCUGCCAAGACAGUGGAAUUGACAAUGGACGCUAUAUUUCCGAAUGGUGUAGACCCAAUAACACCAGAGAUAUCAUUGGGUAAGAUAGAUAACAACAUUAAGAUAACGAAAAGUAUGUUACAUGAAUUUAAGAAAGGUUUUUCUCUUGUGGUUAUACUAAGUGAAACAGUCACUUUGAACAGUGAUGAUAAGGACGAGCAACAAUCUGAUUCCGUAAAGAUUUAUAAACUGACAAGCGGAUCCAAGAAAUCUUCUAAACGAUUACGAACUGAAAUCCCAAAGAUAUAUGAAGUCAUGAGGGAGAAUCUUACAAAUGGCAAACCAAUCCUGAUAUGCUGUAAUACUGGGACAGAUAUAUCCAUUGGAAUAAUCCUGACCAUCUUGUGUAAAAACUAUAAACUGGAUCCAGACAACAAAAAAGCUUGGCUUCGACUUGAGAAAGAAACCCAAGAUAGCAAUGUACCUGUGAAGAGAUUGGAUAAAACUAUAAUAAGGAAGAAUCUGACCACAUUAAUAUCCCAUUUGGAAGGAAGAAAUGUCAAUCCAUCAAGAGCAACUUUGAAUAGUGUCAACGAUUAUUUAAUGUAA